GACCCAAGACACCCCUUCCCGGUGCCUCAACUCUCACUCUCCGGCCCCGCCAUUCCACGAGUUGGGAUUGGCCAAUGUCGACGCCAAAGGUCGACGACAGCGCGACAGCGCGAGACGCCGACAUGCGGUAAAAUGGGCCGUGGCCUUGCCCAGCAGAACAUCCCUGUGAGACGAAAUCUGGCAGCCAGCGGGCAGCAGUGGUUGCGACUCGGGAGGCUGGAGAGGAGAUGGAGGCAGAGUUGUUCGACUGUGGCAUCGCACAUGACCUGGGCUGCAAGACGCCGUGCGACAACAAGGACUCAAACGCAAGACAGCCGGAGAAGAACAGAGCUGAAACCUGCCCAACAGGCGUGGCUGGUACCCUGGGGGAACUACUUCGGAUUCAAGAAGCUGCCGGCUGUGAUGCGCGCUGCUCAACCAAAACCAUCGCGUUCGCCGAAACCCUACCUGUUCACCGCUUGACGGCCGCCAUUUCUGCCUCAUUUGCCAUCACUUAUGGACAGUGCUCUCGAAUCCCGAGAGCGGGGGUUGCCCAGGGACAACCGUACCUAAGGCUUCGCAUCUUUCGCUCGCACUCGUCUCCUGGAUGCUACUCCAGACAGCAGUGACCGGCCGCAGCACCUGAUGGCCU